AUGACCAAAAAAGAUGAAGAAUUUUACAUGUUUCUUGAUAAAAUCAAAGACAUCUAUGCUGAAGUCCCCUUAAUUGAUGCUAUUCAACAAAUGCCAAAGUUUGCCACGUUUCUGAAGGACAUUAUGUCUAAUCGAAGAAAGAAAGGAGAGAUCAAGACGGUAGCUUUAACUGAAGAAUGCAGCGCUCUAUUUGAGAAGAACACUUCCCCUAAGCUCCAAGAUCCUGGAAGCUUUUACAUUCCUUGCAUUAUAGGACCUGAAUUCAUAGAAAAGGCUUGUUGUGAUUUGGGGAGAAGUGUUAGCCUCAUAUCGUACCCUAUCGGUAUUAUUGAAGAUGUGCCGGUAGAAGUGGGUGGCUACAUCAUACCCAUAGAUUUUGUUGUGUUGGAUAUGGAGGAAGACCCAAAAAUUCUAAUUAUACUGGGAAGACCUUUCCUUAUGACAAUUGGAGCUAUCAUUGAUGUGAAAAAUCAUAAUCUUUCUUUAGUUAUCGCUAAGGAAAGGUUGAGUAUUGCCUCCAUGAGCUACUCGUGA